AUGAGCCUGCGUGGUAAGGAAGCCGCCGGCUACUACACUGCGCUGACGAUGGCGGCGUUUGAGGACCUCGGCUACUACAAGGCCGUGUGGGGGAUGGAGGAGCCGAUGGUGUGGGGCAACAACUCCGGCUGCGAGUUCCUGACGAAGCCGUGCUCGGAGGAAACUCCCACCACUUUCCCCGGCAUGUUCUGCGAUAAAAAAGAUGCGAAGUCGCUUCGCUGCACGUCCACCCGCCAAGCCAUCGGGACAUGUUCUGGCGAUGUUGUUGACGUCAGUGGUGGCGAAAAGAAGACCUGCAGUGUUGUUCACCCGCCUCAUCGUCUUCUUGAAAAUCUUUUUUGCGCUGCGGAAGGGAUCGACACACCGCCAGGAUCCCUCCAUGGAAAGGGCUCGUGGUGCCUCGAUGCAGACCCACUCACGGUCAAGACUCACGAUGCCUCCAUUGGGGAUUCCACCGUCCACGCGGUGUGUGCGGUGGUGCAGUGCGAGGGGGGCAAGGUGAAGGUGAAAUAUCUUGGCGGGAGCGAUUUUGAGCCGUGCCCCGAGGGAAAGUCUAUCACGCCCAAAUCAGAGAACUUCAAGGACGGCAGAAAGAUCAAGUGCCCGAGGUACGAGGAGGUGUGCACCAUCGCCGCCAACGGCAGCAGCCUUGUCACGCCCCACCCUGACGACGAUGGCAAUGGCGGCCGCCAGAAGAAAGAUGGCAGCGCGGCCACUGGGGUCGCCUCCUUCAUUGGGUCUUUCGUGUUGAUUUUCGUUGCCGUCGUUGCUGUUGCAGUUUCGUCUCCUCUUUGA